AUGAAGACUCUUGGAGACAUGGGAAUAUUAGUCACACCACACACAAGUUUGAACUCAUCACAUGGUGUGAUAUAUCAGUUCUAUUUGAUGUCUGAAGACGAGUCAGACAUUCAGAUUGGCCUGUUGGACCAAGCUGUCACUUCUGUCCAACGCAUUUCAAUCUGCCGAGAUGGCAAGUUGAUACCCACAAAACAUCUAAUUCUCACAUUCGACAACCCAACAUUACCAUCCUUUGUUACAGCAGGAUACCUGCGCUGCCAAACCACCUGCCGAGGCAAAAGCUUAUGUGCACAGUGUGGAACUGAAGGUCACGACAGUACUGUAGGUAAAAGUACUCCACACUGUGUGAACUGUAAAGAUGCCCAUCCUGCCUAUUCCCAGAAAUGCCCUGCAUGGCAAAGAGAAAAGGAGAUUCAACGGGUGAAAACUGUGAAAAACGUAUCAUAUCCAGAAGCCCAUCGCAUGGUGACUCCAGGCAGAGAAAGCUGUGAAACAGCCUGUCCACCACACUGGAAACUUGAAACGGCAGAUUGGCCUGCAUUCUCCACUUUGGCUGACAUUACUGAGGAAAUGGUCAAUACUGCAGAUAUCAAUGAUGCAGUUGAGGUUGUCACUUCCAGUAUCAUUCAGGCAGCUGAAAAAACAAUGGGGAAAACAUCAACUGGAUAUCCAAAGCAUCCGAAACCAUGGUGGAACCAGAAUUGCGAGGCAGCAUUAAAAACACAAAAGAAAGCAUGGGAGAUUUUCAGAAGGUACCCCAUUGCUGAUAAUUUGGUUGCUUUUCAAAAAGCAAAGGCAAAUGCCAGAAGAAUAAGGAGGCAAAGCAAAAGGGAUUCUUGGAGGAAGUAUGUUUCUAGUAUAACAUCUUCCACCAGCUCAAAAGCAGUCUGAGAUAAAAUACAUAAAAUUAAUGGGAAAUAUGCUUCUCACUCUCUGUUCAUGCUGGAAAAUAAUGGCACAAUAAUCAGCGACAUACAGGGUAUUGCUGAUUUAUUGGGUAAAACAUUUUCUACUUCAUCCAGCAAUAUUAUGUAUUCAAGAAAUUUUUAGGCUUAUAAAGCCCAAAGUGAAAAACAAUAUUUAAACUUUCAUUCCUCAUAUAAUGAGGAAUAUAAUGUGCCAUUCACUAGCAUAGAACUACAUACAGCAAUCUCUCGCUUGGGGAAUAGUGCUGCCGGCCCGGAUAAAAUCCACUACAGCAUGAUUAAAAAUCUGUCAAACAAUUCCCUUUGUAAUCUUCUAAAUCUGUUUAACAGAAUAUGGACAGAACAUACUUUUCCUGACUCUUGGAGGCUUUCUAUCAUUAUUCCCAUUCCGAAGCUUGGUAGACCACAAGAUCCCUCUAAUUACAGACCAAUCUCUCUGACAAGUUGCCUGUGUAAAUUCUUUGAGAGGAUGGUAAACAGACGUCUGAUGUAUCUCUUAGAGAAAAAUGAAUACUUUUCACCACAUCAGAGUGGUUUUCGUAGGAACAGAAGUACCACUGACAAUUUAGUAAACCUUGAAACAUCUAUUCGCGAAGUGUUUGUUAGACGACAGCACCUAGUGUCUGUAUUUUUUGAUAUAGAGAAGGCCUAUGAUAGCUGUUGGCGAUACAGGAUACUCCGUGAUCUCUACGAAUUUGGGUUGUGGGGUAAUUUGCCAAUUUUUAUAAAAUACUUUCUACAGAAUCGAAGAUUCUAUGUCAGGAUGGGCAACACCUUAUCUAGGCUCUUCACCCAAGAAGAAGGUGUCCCUCAAGGCUCUAUGUUGAGUGUGACUCUGUUCCUAAUUAAAAUUAAUAGCAUAGCUAACUGUCUUCCCCCUAGUGUGAAACACUCUUUGUAUGUGGACGACUUUCAGAUCUCCUGCCAGUCUAGUAACAUGAGUUUCAUUGAGAGACAACUGCAAACCUCUUUAAAUCGCAUAGAAAAUUGGUCCAAGACCAAUGCUCUUAGUUUUAACACGGAGAAGACCUCGUGCAUCUACUUUUGCCAAAGGCGUGGUUUGCACUUUGAUCCCAAAAUUUACCUAAAUGGGGUCAAAAUCCCAGUGGUGAAGGAGGAAAAAUUUUUGGGUGUUUUGUUCGACCAUAAACUGACGUUAUUGCCACACUUGCGCAAUUUGAAGAGUAGAUGUUUAAUAUCUCUGAACCUUUUAAAGGUACUGUGCUGCUCAUCUUGGGGAGCAGACAAAUGUUCUAUGCGCAGGAUUUAUAGGGCCCUUGUCCGCUGUAAGCUGGACUAAGGAUGUGUUGUGUAUGGCUCUGCAAGGGAAUCUACUCUUCGGAUGCUGGAUCCAAUUCAUCAUCAAGCAUUACGUCUGUGCACUGGUACCUUCUGCACCUCUCCUGUCCAAAGUCUGUACGUGGAUGCUUAUGAGCCUCCACUAUCUCAUAGGAGAGAACAAUUGUCUCUUUUUUAUUAUAUAAAACAGAAAUCUCAUACUAAACCUUCAGUUGAAUUUACAGUAUCAGAUACUCAGCUGAAAAGGCUAUUUGAAGCUUGCCGAAGUUGUGUCCCUACAUUCAACAUAAGAAUGGAGAAUGUAAGCAGCACGAUUGACCUUAACACAAGCAACAUCUCACAGGUUGAGGUUAAUAGUAUUCCACCUUGGUCAACCCCAGUGAUAGAUGUUGAUUUAAGCUUAAAGCAGUUACCAAAAGAAACCACGCUAGACUAUGUCUAUAGACAGCACUUCGCAGAAAUUCAAUAUCGUGACAGGAAUUUAAUUCCUAUAUACACCGAUGGAUCUAAAUCGGAUAACUAUGUUGGCGUAGCCUUUGUUUGCCAGGAUGAAAUUGUGGCAAAACAAAUAGCACCAAAUUCUUCCAUCUUUUCUGCAGAGGAUGGUAAAUUAUCUCAACGAGGAAAAAAGGGAGAACCAGAUGAGGACUUAGACUCCUCAGAUACAGAAUGUGAGGAUACCUCCAAGUCUAGGAUUAUCCCUAAUGACGGAUUUUCCACCACACUGGAGGCUAUGCUACUAGCCGAAGCCAACGAGCAUCUCCAACAGAUCGUGCAAUUGCUUCCACAACCUAGCAAAUACAACCCAUCGGUACCGGACAAGAAAGAAGUCAAGGAGAGGGCUACCGCAAUGUUCGCUACCAUUAACAAACUGUAUGGUAGCUUAGUGGAGCUUAGGUCAUCUAAGACUGGCACAGUGGUGAAUCAACAACAAUGUCUGUGCCAACAGACGCAACCAAAGACGACACCACUAUACUCUGAAAUGGUUAAAUCAAGUGUCUUGGAUUGUUUAAUAGAAGAGUAUACUAAUAGAUUUUCUGAUUUUGACGAGCACACUCCUGCUAUGAAACUGGCAUUUGAACCACAUUUAAUAGAUAUAUCCGAGGCUCCUGCAGAACUACAAAUGGAGUUAAUUGAUUUAGGGGAAGAUAGUAUCAUCAAAUCCCUUUUUAACGCUAAAAAGGAUCCCAUAGAAAUCUGGAAAAAUGCUGUUGAAUAUCCAUGCCUUCGAGAACAUGCUCGCCGUUUACUUUCCUGCUUCGGAAUUUCCUGCUUGACAAUGAACGAAAAGAACGAUCGUCCAAACAGCGGGCGGAAGAAAGAAACGCCUACCGAAAACAAACUGACUCCCAUCGGUCGAUCUUUGUAUCAAACUAUCAACGAAGCCAUUAACGACUGCGGGAGAAUUGUGUUGAAAGAGAUUAAAAGAAAAUUAGUAAAAACCUCUAAGGAGAGCUCGAAGAAACCACGCCAGACUGCGUCUAUAGACAGCGCUUCGCAGAAAUUCAACAUUGUGGACAGGAAUUUAAUUCCUAUUUAUACUGAUGGAUUGAAAUCGAAUAACUAUGUUGGCUUAGCCUUUGUCUGCCAAAAUGAAAUUGUGGCAGAACAAAUAGCACCAAAUUCUUCCAUCUUUUCUGCGGAGUUGCAGGCUAUUUAUUUAGCCCUAAAAUACAUAAAUAGAAAAGGUCAUUGUUGCUGCGUGAUUUACACUGACUCAGUUAGUGCACUUCAGGCUUUGAUCUCGUAUGAACCUAGUUCUCACUCCAUAGUUUUUAAAAUUCAGGAACUAAUUUGUCAUCUUUUUGCAAGGAAUUUCUCUAUAAAAUUGUGUUGGGUCCCAGGCCAUGUAGGAAUAAGAGGAAAUGAAGAAGCUGAUGCAGCAGCAAAGUCAGCUAGUCCUUCACAGCAUGAAAUGCCUAUCGAAGGAAGUGAUUUGAGGCUAGUUGUUAAAAAACGACUAGCAGAGAGAUGGCAAAAUAUGUGGAAUGCACAAAUUCACAAUAAACUACACAAGAUCAAACCUUUGAUAGAAAAUUGGACACAUAAGAAAUUUUAUGACAGGAGAUCUGAGGUUGUCCUUACUCAUUUGAGAACUGGACACACUCGACUGACUCAUCAAUACCUUUUGAAGGGAGAUGACGAACCAGUAUGUCAGCACUGCAAGUGUACUGUAAGUGUGAAACACAUAUUUUGCAACUGUGUUGUUUUUGACCAGGGUUGUAGACAGCAUUUCAGAAAUGCAAGCUUUAGAGAGAUUUUGGGCCAGAGUCCAAAUCUGGACAAUAUAGUGGACUUUCUGAAAGUCAUUAAUAUGUAUAGAGAAAUUUGAUUAUUCAUUUAUUGUACAGUUUUAUUUACUUUGUG